AUGGGCUUAGGGUAUUUCUACAAUAAAUACAAGGAUUCGCCAGGAAUUCAUGAACGAUAUAGAGAAACCGCCGGCAAAAUUCGCGACGUCAUCGUUGUCGACUUUUUCCUACUGUCCGCACUCCAAAUGAGCAUCGGUUUCACUUAUAUGUUCUUUUUGUUCGUGCCACUCGAUUAUAUGGCGCUUUUUCUCAUUACACUAUUCGGCCGCAAUCAUCGAAUCGGCGACGACCUCGACAAAUCGACAACACUUCGCACAAUCGCUAUAACUAUGUUGAAAAUAUUUUUGAAAGCGUUUAUAUGAUUCCAGCCGAUCAUGGAUGUUCCUCAAUCCAAGGUCGUCAUCUACUCAACGGCGCUCGUCAUUGGAUGGGUGAUGCAUGAUCUCAUCAUUUGGCUUCAUGCCAAUUACCAAAUCUCUCGCUAUCCGCUCCUCUUUAUCACCGUUGCGCUUUGGACGAUUCUUCAUCGCCUCCACAUUCGUUUUCAUCUCCAUAUUAGCCGACGUCUUCUCCUACCAUUCGAUACGAUCGUCACCAUCAUCGGCAUCGCCCUUUUGUGCCUUGACGCAUUCCAUCCGGACAAUAAUAUUCUGUUCAUGCUCUCACUUCUCAUUCCGCACUAUCGAAUGGAAGCGUUCAAGGAGAAAAUCAUCCGUUGCCACUAUUAA